CCUGCCCCAGCUGCACCACAAGCGUCCCGACGCCCGCGUCUCUUCAAAACUUGUUUUACAAAAAUAAACCCGAAAAGUGCGCCAAAGUAUUCAAUAAAAAAAAAACAUAACAAUAACAACAAACAAGAGAAACGAUUUAAAAAUAAAUAAGUGAAGCAAAAGUGCGAAUUUGUUUCUGGUGAACUUUGUUUUGGUUAUUUUUUUUCUGAGUAGAAACGGAAACACGAAAAUGUGGACAAUUGCCAUGAAGGAAAUUUUGAUUCUCACUCUGUUUAUAUCCGGGAUUCGAGCGGAUGCGAGUCUCAACGACCUGGAUAUGCCGUCGUCUAAUGGCCGCGUCCCGAGCUUCGUGACUCCGGGACAAACGUACCGGAUCGCGACGGGGAGCACCGUCGUCUUGCCCUGUCGGAUUACAGAACCAGGAAGCUACGUGUUGGCUUGGAAGAGAGGAAUCGCAGUGCUCACAGCUGGACCCGUCAAGGUGACUCCCGAUCCUAGGGUGAGUCUUCUGCCAGCUUCUCCGGGCACCUCCAGCCUUCCGGGCAUUCCCGGAUUCGCCGGAGGCAGCUACAGCCUCGAGCUGAAGAACGUCCGGCCCCACGAUGCCGGGGAUUACGUGUGUCAGAUUGGAACGCUGGAGCCGAGGGAAAUCACGCACACUCUCGAGAUUUUGGUGCCACCCAGAAUCCAUUACGUGUCGCACAAUGGACCGCUCGACGUGCUCCAGGGUGCAACCGUGAAAAUGGAGUGCCGGGCAUCCGGAAAUCCUGUCCCGACGGUCGCCUGGACCCGUAAAAACAACGUCCUCCCCAGCGGUGAACGCUCCGUUUCCGGUCUCUCCUUGGUCAUCCAACACGCCGAUCGACACUCCGCUGGACAGUACCAAUGCUCCGCCGACAACGGAGUAGGACAACCGGACACCAAGCACAUCACUCUCAACGUCUUAUAUGCACCGGAAGUGGAGACUGAACGAGGCACCGUCCACACAGGUAUUGGCCUGGAAGCUCAAUUAGUUUGCAUUGUCCAUGCAGAGCCGGCGCCUCAGGUCCUAUGGUUCAAAGACACGGCUCAAUUAGGCACAACCGAGCAGCAUGCUUCGCAUUCCAGAGGCAACAGGUACACAUUAGUCAUUCGUAACGUAACAGCCGCAGAUUUCGGAAACUACAGCUGCGUCGGUAGCAACGUCCACGGUAAGGCCAGAGGUCACGUCGUUCUCACCGGAGUUCCCGGAUUGGCCGUCUUCGAUUCAUCAACUUUGAGCACGGAAAAAGACAUCUACAACAUCUCCUGGUCCGUGAACAGUCAUGCUGCUGUUACCGAGUUCAGAUUGUUCUACCGCCAACAAAGAACUCCUCACCAUAGAUCUCAUCACUUCGAAUCCAACAACACGAUGAACAUGGGUCACAGGAGCGAAUGGAACAGUGUUGUUAUUCCAGGAUCGGGAGUAACGAAUCCUUCGAUGCAAGCGCCUCCACCGUUCCCAGGAGUCACCAAGCAGAAGAUGUGGUACGUAAUCAAAGGAUUACAAGCAGCUUCCACCUACGAAGCCCGGGUGCAAGCAAAGAACUCGCACGGAUGGAACAAGAUGAGCCCGAUCUUCCACUUCAACACCAGAGCCAACGAAAUGGAAAACAUGGUGGAGCCUUCGGCGCAACCCGCGGUUUACGGUAGCAGCCAGACAGGAUUGUUCCCAUUCAGCAGCUCCGCCAACUUGAUCGCACCUUCUUACUACACCUUCACCAUCAUCGCAAUAGCAGCAGCCGCAGUGUACUAAAACAAAUACCAAAAAAUCUAAAACAUUUAAGUUACAAAACAUAACUUAAUUAAUAACACAAAAAAAAACGCAACAUCCAAAUUUUUUUUGAAAAAAA